CUUCGCUUCUAUAAAAAGACAUAACUGUAAGUUGAGUUUGUGCAAAAUAUAUCGAAAAUAUUUAAUAAAAUAGAGAAUAUGGAGAGAAAGAUUGUCAAUAUUCUGGUGGCUGCGGCUCUAGUUUUUCUGGUAGCCACCUCUUUUGGUCCAUCCGCAUUUGCAGAAAGUGAGAAGGUGGAACUAAGAUCCGAUGGUAGAAAUGAUCAUCAUGUGGAUACUGCUAAGAUGGACGUGUCAUACCCAUACUCACUCUCGAACGUAAUCGUGGAAGAUAACACAUUGGGGAUUCAAUUCUGUGGGUUAUGCCUAAAGCCUGGCGUCACAUGUGAGAAGGGAUGUCUUUGUACUUGGAAAUUAGGUUGGCUUGUACCUAUUUGCAAGGGCCUGUGCUGCUAAAUCUAGAACAUAUAUGCAUCACCAUCGUGAUGGUUUGUUGAUACUUUGCAUAUUGAAUAAUGCCAACUCUUCAUAUUUAUGUAUAAGAAGCAUUAGAUUUAUGUAGUCCUGCAUGUCCUGCUGCUUCUUGAUUUAUUGGUCGAUCUUCUUUUAUUUUUAAUGCUGAAAGUCAUUAUGUAAGUUUGUUAUGUUUGUAAUAAUUUAAACUUUCACUUUAUAUAAUUAAUAAAAGUACUGUUGAUGUUGUGAUAA